GGGUUCUGCUCUAUUCUCAGCUAAAGCGUCGUUCUCCUACAGCGAAGAUGCGUACAGCCAUAAUGCGCACCAAAUUCACAUGCAAGAUUGAGCUGCUCUUUUUGCUCUACUCCUUCAGCACAGCGCUUCCGCAUUCGGGAAUAUUUUUGAUGUUGCGAACCAAGGCUUGUCUCCAUCACCUGCAAUACGAUCCCGAUAUAUGCAGCGAUAUCAACGACCAUCCAGAGGAAAGGAACGAGGUUUAUCGUCUGGCAAGCAUCUUCGCUCUCCUAUCGGAAGCCCUGCUGACAUUGCUCUCUGCACUCAUUGCCAUCUUAGCCGGGCCGUGGUGCGAUACGUACGGCUACAAGGGUCCACUCACCAUCACCGUAGUCGGGGCAUGUGGGACCACGAUAUGUGGCUUCUUAGUCGCCUUCCUGGGUAAAGACUCUUCCAUGUGGUACAACGUCCUCUGCGUUCUUCCGCAAGGCAUAACUGGCGGCAUCGUACUAAUGCGGGCUUGCUGCUAUGCCGCCAUCACCAAGGAAGUCGACUUGCUGCGCGCGCUCAGAUUCUUCGCCCUCGACAUGGUCGGUCUUCUGGGCAGGUUUGGAGGCGUCGUCCUGGGCUGGCUUCUAAGUCACAUCAUAGGGCAUGCGCUAUGCCUCUUGGUUGCUGGGUUCUGUCAAGCCGGUCUCUUAUUAUUCGUUACGAAUAACCCAGACUUGAUGGAUCCCACAUUGAUUGACAGCGGGACGUGCAAGAGGUUGGCGCACCUCUUCUCGAUGACCAAUAUAAAGGCUGCCUUUAACAUUUUCGGUGGUAACAAGAAGGAAGAUGUCAUUUCUGCUCUCAAGAUGCUCUUCAUGUUGCUUACAUUGAUUAGCAUUAUGAAUAUGGGGCCGGAGGAGAUAAUGCAGCCGUAUACGAGGACCGUGCUCGGCUGGUCGGUGAUUACUUACACCUGGAUAUCAGGGGUCGGCAACGUGGUUACAGCUUUAGGAGGAAUCCUGGCGGUCGUCUGCUGUAAUAUGGUCUGCUGUUCAGCGCUCCACCUUAUCGCAAUCGGAGUAUUUUCGGCUAUGGUACGAAAUAUCAUCAUCGGUGUGUCCACCUCUCCGGCCCCUUUUUUGUGCAAUUACCUGCCUGCAAUAUCGCAGGGUGUUGGACCACCAGGUGUUAAGUCGUCCUUCGCUAGGCUCGCACCUGCGGACGAAACUGGCAAAUUUUUGGUGUUCGUGACGGCAUGCGAGUCCGUGAUGGGCAUCGUUUCUCGAGUAUCCGCGUCAGUACUGUACUAUCCAAGUACGGCCAUUUAUCCAGGACUUCUGUUCAUCGUCUUUGCUGUCCUUGGGGUGCCAGCAUUUAUCGUUAUAGGUCUUGUCAAGCCAGCAAUGGAAAGCGAAGAAGAAGCGCGCACCACAGCAACAGCACCACCAGAGACCAAGGUCACUGCACAACCUACCGCAGAUCAAGUUGCCAUUGCACGAAAAGUGCUCGAACAUGUCCCUCCAGGUGCUGUCGAGCAAGUCCUAUUACCAAGACUUGUACAAGCUGCACAAGCACCUGGAACCGUUCCGCCCGGUAGACCACCACCCGCCUUUCCUAUACCACCCGGCGUUAUGCGAGCCGUGUUACCACCCACAGGACAGCAGGCUGGCGGUGCGGCAUCUGCUGGGCAGCGGCUUGCAGGUAUAGCGCCCGUCUUAAUGCAAGCUGCUCAAAGACCUCCUGGAACCAGGCCUAGCGGUCAGCCUCCCAGCAGACCGGCUAAAUGAGGUCCAUCAAAACACGCCACUACAGUUUCUAAUCAAUGUGCAAAUGUUUGUGCAAAGAGGCGGGUCACAAACUUUUUAUGAAGAUGACCCACGGUCAGUGUUUUAGGAUAACUUCGGAGGCGUAUCAUGAUAUUGCCGCAUAAAUAAAGAACGUUAAAAUUUU